CAUCGGUUGUUUUGCUCAGUAAAUAUGUGUCAAGCUUUAAGUGAUCUUAAGUCAAUUCAAGCUUCACUGACGCCUCGAAAGGUUUGAAUUCUAGUGGUUCCGUGACGUGUAGACCGCGAGUCACAAACGUACAACAUGGAACAAAACAUGGAGCAACUCGCCCAGCUACAGGCACUCAAUGGUAGAUGGAAACAAGACCACUCUCAGAACGAGAACUACGACCAAUUUCUCCGUGAAAAUGGUGUGCCGUGGUUUUGCUGUAAGAUAGCAUCUUGGCUCAAAAUAAGCCCCGUAGAAGAGUACAUCAUCACCGGAGACCAGAUCACCUACCGACAGUACGAGAACAACGAUAGCCGGACCAUAUCGUUCGAGAUGACUCUAACUGUUGGACAACCGCCAGUCAACAUCGCGGCGGGUUUCAGCCACUUUCAGGCCCAGAUUUCUUGGGAUCAGUAUGGUCGAUUGGUGACGCGAACCAGGAAAAAAAGUGGCGAAUUCAUUCAAACAGGUCGAAUGGACAGCAAAGGGGAUCUGGAGUUGACGACCCUUCUUCCAUCGGGAAAAACUUGCCGACGGGUUUUGAAGAGGGUGCAUUGAUGGCAUACUAUCGCUAGGAGGUGGUGUCUACUAAGAGAUACGCAGUUCUGAUUUCUAAUGAACAGUGUUGCUGUUUUCAUGUAUUGAAUAAAACUGAUACUACUGAUAUAACAAAACCCCAUUCUUUAUCAAGUCCUUCUCUUGUAUGGAUCAGAUGUAACAUAUGCGUGAUGCAUUGUAAACAUAUCUAUAGUAUUUUACAACGUUAUUUGUGUACAUUUCAGUUGGGUCGUCUUUGUCGCUAACCCCGCAACUUGAAACGGUUGCAGUCCCAAGGACGAGACGCUAAGAUAAAAAGAAAAGACGUUGACAAUGUGUAUGUUUCAACCGACCAGCCAACCAGCGUGCUUUCUGUGACGCCACGAACACAUUCCCUCACAUGUGACGCAUCAAAAGUGCAAAGGUCAUACGGGACGUGAGGAAAAUAGUCGGUUAGAUCUUGCUGAAGGGAGCUGUCGAUUGUGCGAUUGGUUCAGCCUUGUGAGGAAAUUAUUUAGUGGUCUUUAGUACCAGUGAUUGAUAGUGUCUGUGUACGAUAUUCUAAACCCUGUGUGAAAACUGCCAUAACUCAACCAUACAUGUGUAAAGUGAGCAAAACACAGUCACAUCAGGACCAUAAGAUACGAGUAUAAUAUUCGAAUGACUUUAUACAAAGCAGGAGAACGACCAGUCUCGUUUCAUUUAACGUAUUAGUACCACAUGUAUGCGUUCUACCACCGCUACGUUCUACUAUUUACAGAUUGAAUGCUUCAUACGGGUAAAAUACGGCCUAGUGGUUGCAAACAUGAUAUCAUAUGUGGAUAAUUAUUACAUAUCUACAUAGUUACAUGUCUUAUAUAAGGCAUGUUGACACUACUCAUAGUAUGACAUUGACUUGACUUUAUUAUGACGUACACAAUUAGUGUAGUUGGUUUGGGAGAAAUAUCUAUAAAUAUAAAAUACUGUCUAAUUAA